AUGGCAAUGGUGAAGGCGUCUUCGCCCGGCAAGGUUCUCAUCCUUGGCGGCUACCUCAUCGUGGAGGCGCCCAACGUGGGGAUCUCUGUCGGCACGACGGCACGCUUUGAAACCCGGCUGCUGUCGCGCCGCGCCGCGACCAAUGGGAAGUGUUGCGUGCGCAUUCAUUCGCCUCAGUUCGGCAAGGAGUUUGCGUUUGAGUGCGCGGUCGACAACACUCCCGAGCCCACCGUCUCUGUGGCCCAGACAGAGGGGCCCGAUUCCCCUUUCUUACGCCAUGGUCUCCUGUACACCGUGGCUGCGGCGCUUGCGCACGGUGGAGACGUUUUCAAGGAAUUAACGUUGGAGCUGCUCGCCGACAACGACUUUUACAGCCAAAGAAACUACUUGGUGUCACAGGGAAAGGAGGUCACCGUGUCCAACCUGCGUUCGCUGCCGCCGCACCUGCCUCUUCUUGGCGACGUCUCCAAGACAGGGCUGGGCUCCUCAGCUGCAAUGACGACCAGCAUGGUGGCGUGCCUCUACCGUGCCCUGACCACCCACAACGGCGGGAGUGAAGGCCGUGAAAAUAAUAUUGACGCGGCGGCGGAGAAGGAGCUUAUUCACCGCGUUGCUCAGGUGGCUCACUGCGUGGCGCAGGGGAAAAUUGGAAGUGGGUUUGAUGUUUAUACCGCGACCUACGGAACUUCUGCGUACCGCCGCUUUUCGCCACGGCUGGUCGAGACGGUGAUGAGUGGCAAAGAAUCUCCUGUUAAGGUGGUGGUCUCUGCCCUCGCGGGCUGUGUGAGUCUGGAGAAGGAGUGGGUGAAGCGCGUUCCGUUCCAGCUCCCCCCCGGGCUGAAGCUCGUCUUGGGGGACGUUCACCAAGGUGGCUCCGGCACACCCGGAAUGGUCUCCAAAGUCAUGGCAUGGCGGAGCUCAGUUGCCGGUAAUCCGGAUAGUCUUUGGGAGCGACUCCGGGCGAACAACGAGAAAUACGUGGAGGCAUUGAAGAAGCUGAUUCAGCAGGCUAACACAAUGCCAGAGGAGCAUGCGGAAUCCGUGAAUGCCCUAAAGCAAGCCGUGCUUGCUCAGUACACCCCCAAAAACGAUGCGGAGCGACUUUGGAUGGAGGCGGCAACUUAUGCCUCCACGAGUCGACGUUACCUGCGUGAAAUGGGUCAGGCUGCCGCUGUGGAGAUUGAGCCGAAUGCGUUGAGCGUUCUGCUCGAUGCCACCUAUGCGCUUCCAGGCGUAUUUGCGGUGGGGUGCCCCGGAGCAGGCGGGUACGACGCCGUAUUUGCCCUGGUUCUGGGUGACGAGGCCUGCAAAGCUGUCGAGGUGUUUUGGGAGGGGUACGCAGCCAUGCACGUUUGCCCGUUACUGGUACGCGAGGAUGCCGCUGGGCUUAUAUGUGUUUCUGAAGGAAAUUAG